AUGCAGGAGAUGGAGGAAGAAGGGGGAAGAAAGUCGCGGAGCAAACGAUUCAACGACCCCGAGUUUUCCUUUGGCAAGAAGAGUCUGGUGUAUCAACUCAACCGAGGCGAGUUGAAGGACAAGGUUUCAAAGCUACUGGAGAAAAAGGACACACGUGAUGGAGAUUCUCCGAGGCCAUCUUUUCAGCCUGAUCGGCGGGGCGACCGCCAAGACGACCGUCAACCUGACCGUCGUCAGGAUCGCUACCAAGACCGGCAACACGACCGUUCGACACGGAGACCAGGAUUCACGCAGGACAGAAUGAGAUCUAUGAGGGAUGGUGCGCGCAGGGAGCUUGAGGACGGAGAUACACCUCGGCGGCGGUACGACUCGAGGAGGUCAGAAGACGAUUCGCACGCAAAAAGGUCAUCGGACUUCCCGGUUUCGGUUCAGUAUACCACUGCCGCGUCGCAAUUUCUCUUUGGUCGUUCUGUCGUGAAAGCAGCCCUCAAAAACUCGAGACGCAAACUCUACCACCUUUACGUCUACCAGGGCAGCAACAAAAACACCACCAAGGACGAUGACUGGAUUCUGGCUUUGGCGGAGAAGAAAAAAAUCAAGGUCACUCGUAUCUACGAAAGCGACCAGAAGCUGCUCGACAAGAUGAGCAAGGGUCGGCCACACAACGGCAUGGUCAUUGAGGCAUCACCUCUGCCGCAGCUGCCGCUGACGGGUCUUGGCGCAGAGUCGAACGAGCUGAAGGGCUACCCCGUCUAUGUGGCUCGUCAGUCCAGGGAAGAGACCGAGAUCAACGGUACUGAGGGCUUCAUCCCGUGCCGGCCUGGAUCUCCUAAACCGCUUGUACUCCUUUUGAACGAGAUUUUGGACCCCGGCAACCUUGGCGCCAUUCUUCGAACCGCCAGGUUCCUCGGCGUGUCGGCGGUUGCUAUCACGCAGAGAACAUCGUCGACCAUCACUUCUACGGUGUUGAAGGCGGCAGCGGGCGCUGCCGAAGAACUGAGGCUCUUCUCGGUCGAAGACCCCGUCGCAUUCCUGGACGCUUCUCAGAAGGCCGGGUGGACUUCUUACGCAGCUGUCGCACCGACGGCUGGACUGCGCAACGACAACCGUCAAUGGACCCCGGAAAGCAUCGAGGAUUCCAAGCCUCUCACCAAGGAGCCUACCAUCCUAAUCCUUGGAAACGAAGGCAGCGGUCUCCCCUACGACAUUAGGAAGAAGGCCACCCGUGAGGUUACAAUCCCACGCAUGGUCAUGUCAAGCUCGGUGGACAGCUUGAAUGUCAGCGUGGCUACGGCGCUGCUCUGCAACUCAUUCCUGAGAGGUGUGCAGCCGCCACUGACUCUCACCGAGAAGUUGCAGAAGGACGCUCGCAAGGCAGACAGCGGAGAGAGUCUGUUCUGA